ACGUUUGGAAGUAGAAACUGCAGCUCCUGGAAUGAUGGCGAAGUCAGGAGAUAUCUCUGUUUUCAGCGUUCUGGUGACUGGAUCCGAUCGGGGGAUCGGUCUGGGUCUGGUGAAGAGGUUUCUGCAACUGCCCUGUCCUCCCAAAUGGGUCUUUGCUACAACCAUGGACCUGCAGGGAGAAGAAAACCAGGAGCUGAAGGAAUUGGCAUGCAAGCAUCCGAAUCUUGUGGUUUUGCAAUUAGAUGUCACUAAACUUGAGAGCGUCCAGGCGGCGGUGGCAGAAGUGCAGAAGUGUGUUGGAGAAGGUGGAUUGACCGUCCUUAUCAACAAUGCUGGCAUUAUAGCGGGCAGCGAUCUGGACAGGGAAACUGCCAAGGAUAUGAUGAGGGCGUAUUCUGUCAAUACUAUUGGGCCCCUGCAAAUGAGUCAGGCCUGUCUGCCCCUGCUGAAAAUGGCAACCCGGAGAACUCCAUGUCACGGGCUAAGCGCCUGCAAAGCAGCCAUUAUCAAUAUCUCCAGCAUCUUAAGCUCAAUUGAACUCAUGGAUCGUUGGGAGACAGUUAAAGCAGUUGCCUACCGCUGCAGUAAGACUGCUCUAAAUAUGCUCACCAAAUGCCAGUCGCUGGAAUAUUCAAAGCAUGGAAUUCUGUGUGUAGCCAUCCAUCCUGGUCGGGUGAAAACAUCUAAUGCGGAAGCGGAGAUAUCUGUGGAAGAGAGCACACAGGGGAUUCUGACCGUACUGUCCAAGCUUUCUGAGGAGGACAACGGGAGCCUUGUGGAUUGGUUGGGCCGCCAAAUUCCUUGGUGAAUAAUCAUCUAUCUAAUGCCACGGCUAU